AUGUUGGAGACAUGCGAGAUAAUACCAAAUGAUGUUGAGACAUCCGGAGAUAAUAUAGAACGAAUUGCUAUUGAUCAGUGUGGCACUAUUGGAUCAUACUACGAUGCAUAUAGAGAUAAAAUUGUUGGUAGAGCAGGCGAACAGAUCAAUACUCACAACCAUAUAUUAAGUCAACCGAUGAAGUGCAUAUUAGUUGACGGACAAGCACUAGGAUGCAAAAAUUUACUUAGGUUUAUGGAUAUUGACCGUCAACAACGAUUAAGUAUAUUAUUGGGACUUACUAAUGCAACUGGAAUAGCGUCGCUCAUCAAUUAUCCUAAUAUAAUUGAUAAAAACACUCGACUUCUUUAUAUCUGUCAAGAAUCAAGAAGAGAAUUCAUCACACAUAAUAGAAGAUGUUGGACGAACCUACUGCAAUCAUUAAACUGCAUAUCAUAUGCGACUCAUGUUAUAACUGAAAUUAUUUGGGGUCUUCAUAUUCUUGUCAUUCUUCAGCUACCUUCUCAUCAAGCAAAGUCUAUUGAUGGAGUGUUACAUAAACUAAAAUAUAAUUUAGUUAAUCAGCAAUCUAUAAUACAAAUCAACUCAGAUGAAAGUAGUCUACUUGAACAAAUCGUCACAACAACAGUCUAUUCAAAUAUAGAUGCUUUAACAAAAUGCAAAAAAAUUGAAUAUAUUUAUGAGAAUAUAAAAAGUUUACAAGGAGACUAUAAUUUACAUGGUCGACUAAAAUAUAUUCUCUCUCCUAUUCCAUGUUUCCUUCGUCUUAUCAUUCCGUUUCUUUCACAAUUAGUGUUAGGUGAAUCAAAUGAAUUCAAAACCCUUGAACAUUACUUAAUUCAACAAAAAUCCGAAUUAAAACUAUUGAAAUAUCACACUAAUUAUCGUUUGCGUGAUUUAUUACAAGAUAAAUGUGCAACAAAAUUGAAAAAAAUUCAGAACCAACUUACUCAAGUAGAAUAUUUACAUAGUGCGAAUGUUGAGAAAUUUACAAGUAUGGUUAUCAAUAUCCGACAAGGACAUAAUGACAGUUUAAUGAUAAAAGUGAGUUUAGAUCCACCACCAGAAAUAGAACGAUUGAGUAAAAAUAUUCACAUCGACAUAGAAAACUUAGAAUUGAAACAUAAAUUGAUUCAAGAAUUGCAAAGUAAUCAGUUUGAAUAUUGUGAUGUUGCUGAUUUAGGUAUUCAAGGUGUUUUAUCUGAUAGUGAAAUCGAUGAAAUAUUUUUAGGUAAUGCUUCUAGAAAAGUUAUAUUCUAUUCAAAUGAUGACUAUAAAAACAAUCAUAACAGUUGUUGGAAAGAUCUUUAUUCUCAAAUGUUAGAGAAGAGAAAAAAGAAUCCUUACCUAUGUCUCGUCUAUGUUGAUUUCACUUAUUCAGAAUGCAAACUAAACAAAAUGAGAAUAGCUCAGUUGGAAGGUAUGAUAGAAAAUCAAACCGGAACCAAUUCUCAAUCAAUUCAAAGUACAAGUGAAAUGGGCACUGCUGCAUUAGUCAUGUUAACAAAAGCAGGACCAUUAAAUCCAGUCUUCAUUGGAGACAACAUCAUCACAUCCACCAAUACCCUCAUGAAUUCAUCAGUAACACCAUCAUCAACAGAAUCAGUUUCAAAAACACAACCAACCUUAAAACUAUUACAUAUGCGAUUAUCUUCAUUGCAUCUGCAGACGCAAUCGUCACCUACUGAAUAUAUCAAUAUUCUUUUGCUUGGAGAGUCCGGUGUUGGUAAAUCAACAUUCAUCAAUGCUUUUGCCAAUUAUCUUCGUUUUCAAAGUCUUGACGAAGCUGAAAAAAAACAAUCAAUCGUUAUUAUACCUGUUUCAUUCAUGUUGACAAUCAAUGAUAAUUUUGAUGAAAAAAUAAUUAAAUUUGGUGAAAUUGAUCUAAAUGAAAAUCAUAAUGAUUUAGGUCAAUCAGUAACUCAACAUUGUAAAACUUAUGUUUUUAGUAUUUCGGAUAGAAAAAAAUUACGUUUCAUUGAUACACCUGGUUUUGGAGAUACACGUGGUAUUGAUCAAGAUAAUCUUAAUAUGGAGGAAAUAUUUUCUUUUCUUGAUAAUAUUGAUUAUAUCAAUGGUAUAUGUUUAUUAUUUAAACCUGAAGUCGUACAAUUAAAUCGUUACUUGAGAUCUUGUUUUAUGCAAUUGAUUGAUUAUUUUGGGAACACUAUUGUUGAAAAUUUUAUAUUUUGUUUUACUAAUGCUCGUUCAACAUUCUUCACUCCAGGUAAUACUCUGCCGUUAUUGAAAGCCUUUUUCAAAUCGUUUCCUGAUACGAAAGUUAUUUUUGAGAAAAAGAAUACAUUUUGUUUCGAUAGUGAAGCAUUUCGAUAUUUAGUCGCCAUAAAAGAUAACAUUGAGUUUAAUACGAUUGAAAGAACUGAAUUUGAACAAAGUUGGAAAGCAUCAGUUGCUGAAUCAGAACGUUUUCUUAAAUACCUUUGUGAUCAAUCUGCAUAUAAAAGAAGCGAUAAAUGGCAAUCAAUAAAAGAUGCUCAACUUCAAAUUCACUCCAUGAUUCGCCCAACACUAGAAGCUAUGAGAAAUAUUCUGCGAAAUAUUAUUUUAUAUGAUCAUAAUCUAUCCAUUAACAUUUUUGCAAAACCUGUAACUUCAUUAUCAAUGUUGUGCUAUAAAUGUGGACGUAAUCCUGAAAAGAUCAAUGAAUUUUGGAUUAUAAAAGAUCAUUUACAUUCUUCAUGUAAUAUGUGUACACCAAAUGAAUUAAAACAAACUGAAUAUAGACUCGGCUAUGAACCUGUCAAUCAUCAUGCAGAUGAAUCGAUCGAUCAGAUGAACAAAUAUAUCGAUGUUCUCUGUAAAGGAUGUGCACGUUUGAUUCAGUUUUUAAUCAAGACUUCUCAAGUUGAAUUGAACGAUCCAUUUUUAUUUGGCAUAGAAAAAAUAAUAAAUGAAGAAAAUUUUAUUUACGAACAAGAAACAUCAAGAGAUUUAAAUCAACAACUAAUUGAGCGAUUAAAACAAAUAAAACAUCAAUACCAACAUUUCUUGGAUGAAAUACAAUCAGAUGAAAACUCAUCCAAAAUUUAUCAAUUAAUACAGAAAAUGAUUGAAAUACCAAUGGUUAAAUUACAAUUAGAUGCCAUUCAAAUUUAUCAUCAAAUUUUACUGAAAACUAAUGAGAAAGAUGUUUCUAUCAAUAAAACUUAG